ACUUCAAUUACUUUUCAUCAUCAGCAGCUUAUCAACUGAGUUUCAGAGCAAACAAUUUAAAAGUUUGCAAGAGAGACAAAGAAACAAAAAACAAACAAACAAAAAAAAGUAAUCUAGCAGUUAUGGUUUCUUCUUCUCAAAUCUUGGUAUUUUCUUUUGUUCUUCUUUGCUUUGCUGGAACUUGUUAUGGAGAAAAAAAGAAGCUACACUUCUCUGACCUCAAGAACGUUCUUACAGUUAAAACUGACGCAAAAGAAAAUCAAGUGAUGAAAGCUGGAGAAGAAAAGAUUACGGUGACAUGGGGAUACAACAAAAGUUCACCGGCUAGAACAGAUGCUGAUUUUAAGAAGGUCAAGGUGGAGCUAUGUUUUGCUCCGAUCAGCCAAAAGGAACGUGCUUGGAGAAAAACGGAAGAGGAAGUUCAUAAAGACAAAACUUGCCAAUUCCUCAUUGUUUCCAAGCCCUACAUAGCUGCAGAAGAGAGCUUCACAUGGACAAUCCAAAAAAACAUUCCUUCAGCUACUUAUUUCGUGAGAGCAUAUGUCUUCAAUUCUGCAGAUCAGGAAGUCGCUUUUGGCCAAAGUACAGACGAUAAACAUGCCACGAACUUGUUCACAGUUCAAGCCAUCACUGGAAGACAUGCUUCAAUCGAUAUUUGUGCUGGCGUCUUCUCUGCCUUCUCCGUGAUUACUCUGUUUGUGUUCUUCUUCUUGGAGAAGAGGAAGAAGGCUUAAAGAGAGAAAAGUAACUCCGGAAUUUGAUUUCCUUCCUCUCUUUCUUAUCUUUAUUCUAUUUCCGAGUCAAUUCUGGUUUUCUUUUUGUAUGAUUCAGUUUCCAAUAACAUAGAAGAGAAGGAGAAUACAGUUUGGGUCUUUUUAUAUAUGGGUAAGUGUGGGGAGCGCUUUAUGCUGGAGGACUGCAAAGAUGGAAUUGAGUGGAUGUUUCAAUUUAAAGAGUUUGGUUUGUUGCUUUGUUUGAUCAAAUGCCAUAUUUGAUUUAUGUAUGAAAGAUGUUUGAUCUACCAGUCUCUUAACAAUGCAAGCAUACAUAAUAAAAUGGUUGGUGUUUACAUUUUGAGCUGC